UUGGUGCGCGUAAACCCCUCCCCCCGUCGCAGAUGGUAGCGCCCAGCCCAUCUGCUCUCCUCCUGUGAAAUGCGGAUUGAAACAGAUUGUACGACUCUACGCGUCGCAAUGGCUACUGCACUGCAAGGACAACAAGUUUUACAGUUCAGUUAAACAAGUCAUAUAUGAGGAACACGCCGGACGGAAUCGUCUAAGCCACACUUUUUAAAGUGAGACACUCGUUGGACAACAGAAAAAUGUCCCAGGGAUGUAUAACUUCUGUGGAGGAGAUCCAGUCUUGGUGGGAAGUCCCCGCCAUAGCGCACUUCUGCUCUCUCUUCAGGACGGCGUUCAAUUUACCAGACUUUGAAAUCGAGGAACUUGAGCAAGCAUUACUGAAACAAGACCAAGACUUCCUCUCAGACCUCCUCUGCUCCCUGCUGAAAGGAUGUUACCAGCGAAGAGACAUCACGAUUCAGUCCUUUAGCAGUUACCUGGAAGACAUUAUCAAUUACCGCUGGGAAUUGGAAGAAGGGAAGGCCAAUCCACUGAAGGAGCACCAGUUUGAAGAGCUGCCACCACGCACACAGGUGGAACUCUUGCACAGACUCUGUGACUAUCGUCUUGACGCUGCUGAUGUCUUUGACCGGCUCAAGGGCCUGGAUGCAGAUAGUUUACGUGUUGAGCCUCUGGGACAGGAUGGGAAUGGGGACCUCUAUUGGUAUUUUUAUGGUACGCGGCUAUACAAAGAGGAGCCGGUCGAAGCAAUGUCUCCCCAAUACAGUGACCGUUACGACAGAGAAAAGAAAAGAAGAGGGAGGCCACCAAAGCAGUCUGAAGAUAGACUGGCCAUGGAGGAGGAGUGGGAAGACUCUGUAAAGGAAGAGGAUGAAAUUGUUGUGGAGCCCAAGCCUGUAAUAGAGCGUGAGCGUGGGGCCUGGUCUCUGGUGUGUGACACAGAGGAGCAGUGGGUCAAUCUGGCCGAAAGUGUUAAGGACAAAAUCUCUCCCCAGGACCGGCACCUGCACCGCAUCAUCACUCAAAACUUCCUGUCUGAGAUCAGAAACAUGAUUGAACACAAGGAGAAAGAGAUGAAGCAGAAGCUACUGAAUCUGCCAGAGGAACACAACAGCCAUCAGCACACUGAACAAAAUGGCAGCAAAGAGAAUGGGCAGACACGAGCCACAAUUGAGGUGGACAAGCAGAAGGAGGAGGACCUGGAAAGGCAAGUCCUGCUCGCUGAACAACGGAAAGAAGAAGAGAGACUGCUUCAGGAAGAACGGGAGAGAGAGGAACAGGAGAGAGUCAAAGCUGUCGAGGAGCGUGCACGUAGAAGAAAGCAGCGAGAAGAGAAGGCCUGGUUGCUGUCUCAAGGAAAAGAACUUCCCCCUGAGCUACUGAAUCUGGAGACUCGCUCACCUAGUCGCCGAACGCGUCGAACCAAAGAGUUUUAUGACAUAGAUGAUGAUUACACUGCUCUGUAUAAAGUGUUGGAGGCCCUCAAAGCACACAAAGAUGCAUGGCCUUUCAUGGAGCCUGUUGAUGAGUCUUAUGCCCCCAACUAUCAUGAAAUCAUACAGACUCCAAUGGACCUGUCGACCAUUGAGAGAAAGCUGAAUGAUGGGGAGUACGUCACUAAGGAUGAGUUUGUGGCUGAUGUAAAGCUUAUGUUUGAGAACUGUCUGGAAUACAAUGGAGAAGAGAGUGAAUACACAAUAAUGGCUGAGUCCUUGGAACGCUGCUUUAGCCGAGCCCUACUGAAACAUUUCCCCACUGAGGAUGGCGACACAGAUGAAGAGUUUCAUGUGAGCAGUGAGGACCGUGACCGCAAGGAUAAGAAGAAGAGCAAAAGUCACAAACAGUCAGGUCCUGAGAGCUUGAUCAGAGCCACUGAGCAAGUUCAAAAACGCAAAACAUCCAAUAGUGGAAAAGGAAACAGUCAGCAACGAGACUAUCCCAAAUCUGCUUUACAGUACCCUCCCCCACACUACACCAGUGGUCCCCCACAUCCUCAUAACAUCCACCCAGGACACCAACAGGCUUUCAUGCUACAUCCUGCUCAACAGUUUCAACAACCUACAGGUCCUUUGGGACCAGGAAUGUAUGCUCAACGAAUGAUGAUUAACCCUCAGUAUCCAUAUCCUGGACAGAGACCACUCAUGUCCAGGCCACCGGUGAACCAUGGAAGUCAGCAUAUACCUCAGUACAACAUGCAGGGUUCCCAUAUAAAUGGUCCACAUAUUGGUCCUAGAUACCCAAUCGGACCUGAUGGCCAACCACUUCAACCUCCACAUCAGCAACAUUCUUAUCCUGGUCCUACUCAUGGUCCUUCUCUUGGCCCAAGGCCAAUGACCCUUCAGCCUGGGGGUUUCUGUACCCCUCCACCUGAAGGCAACAUGCAUCCUUCACAGCAACAUCCAGAAGGGCAGUCCAUGCAACCUAUGGGUAACAGGUACCCCAGGCCAGGUGUCCCAAUGCAUAGUUCCUACCCUCCUUAUGGCCCUCAUAGUAUGAAUGUACCCAGGCUGUUGCCUCCCAUAAACCAUCAUGGGCAGCCGACACCAGGUGGACCUAUGAUGCAAGAGCAGAGUGCAACAAACCAGCAUCCAUUCAAUAGCAACAUGAUCCGUCCUCCACACAGUACUGGUUAUGCAAUGACAAAUGGUCAAUAUAGAAUGCCCUCUGUCAGCUCCCAAAGUCCUAUUGGCCAAAGACCACCAGGGGCCCCUCAGGUCUCAAGACCACAUUUGGCUUCCAUGCUUGAUAGCCCAGAGAUGAUUGCCCUCCAGCAGCUCUCUGCCUCAUCGUCUCAUCGUGUUGAGAACUUUCAGCCCAUCUCACAAAGUGGUGGUAAUGCUUUAGCUUCUGCUGCAUUGUCUUCUCCUGAAAACCAGCUCAUCAGGCCUGUUAGAGAUGGCGCUGCAGACAUCCAGCACACUCCCGUAUUCCCCAAAAGUUCAAGUCCAAAAUCUGGUGAUAAACCGUCAACUGGAGAAAAUGCUCUGACUGAAGCCGACACCAAUUCUCAUCACAAUCCAACAGAAAAAUCUGAGCCUUCUCUAGGAACUGCUCUGGCAUUUGUGUCAAAUCCAAACACAGAAGGCCCCAGUCAGAAUGAAGAGAAACAUAGACUGUCAAAUCCAGAGAAAAUCCACAAUGAUAACCACCUAAAUUCUCAAUCCCAAACAGGUCCCCCACAGCAAAAAUCUGUGGAUGACUCCUCAUUAUCCCUAAAUGAUCCUCAUCCAAUGUCCCAUAAAACCCCAGAUGAAAUUCCCCAGUAUGACUCUCAACAAAUCUAUAAACCUGUUUCACAGCAAUUUAUUCAGAAUGGUUCUCAACAGCAGUCUCAGAAUGUUCCUUCACAUGUUCUGGAGAAUCUUCCUCAACAGAUGGCACAAAAUGCAUUUCAUCAGUCUGCUCAGAACAGCUCAUCGCAAGUAAUACACAAUGGAUCAGUCAGAGGGCCACAGGCAGGACCUCUUCAUGGAAUGCCACAGACUCCACUUCAGGGGGGUCAGCCUGGUGUUCAUCAGCCUGCAACCCUCAGCUCUCUACCUCCUAGCCACCCUGUAUCGCAUCCACUUGCUCAACCCUCUCCAGCUGAUCAGGGAGACCAAAGGCCUUGUGAGCCUACCAGCAGGAAAGUGUCAAUUGAGAGUACAGCUGCCCAAGAUAACAGCAAUGCUAACAUGAGUGUUGAUUGUGCCAGUGGGCUUUACAAACCACAACCCUUCAGUCAAGAGUCACAAACCCAACUAGGAAGGCAGGAGCUAGCACCCCUUCACAAUCAGGCUCCUCCAAUACACACUCAGGUUCCAGAGAGUAACGUUUUGACCCAAUAUGGUACAACUGAGCCAGUAUAUCAAAACUUUGACCCACAGAUGGGAAGAGGAUUACACCCGCCAAAUCACCAGCCUUACCCAAACCAGGGACCACCAUCACAGGGAAAUAACCCUUAUCAAAAUCCUGCACACUAUCCUGGUUAUCACCAACAAGGUGUUCCAUACCAGUAUCGCAUGGCCAGACAGCAUCCUCAAGGCCAAUCCAGCAUGUAUCCUCAGUUCCAGCAGCAACAGCACCAGUUCUAUCAGCACCUCCGACAUGGCAGACCUGGAUUUCCAUCUGAGGAGUGGCCUAGACCUCCAUACCAGCCUCAGCACCCAAUGAUGCCCAAUUCUUACCCAUCACCAUCCAUUGGAAGUUUUAAUGGUCGACACAAGGACAAUAGCAUGUCUCCACAUGGCUCGGAUGGAUCUGUUGGGAGCUUAAUGUCACCUAGUCCUUUACCCGAUGGGUCCCAUAGCAGUACGUUGGAAAACCGAGAGGAUGGCAGCCCUGCCAAGCAGGCAAGGACUGAAGAGACUUCUGAACGGUCUGAGAGCCCAAAGGAGAUCUUGGACCUGGACAGCCAUAAUGCAACAGCCCGACAUCGUACUUCAGCUCAGCCACACCCCAGUUUCCCAUAUGGGCCUCGUAGCAUGCAUCCCAGCAUGCAGCAAAUUGGUGCUCUUCCAUCCCAUAUGGUGUCAAGUGGGUCAUAUUCUGGCCAGCACUUUCCCAGUGGACAUUUUGUACCACAGCAUCCUCAUCCACAUUUGAUGGAAGCUUUACAGAGGUCCCAGCACCUGCCUUUCCCUCCAGGCCAAUCCUGCAUGGAUAUGUACAGGCAUUCAAAUGUUGCAGGACACUUCCAGGGAAUGAUGGUUCCUCAAAGAGCAGUGGUUGCAGAACACUUACUUCGCACAGGGCACCAGAUGUUGGGUACAGCAUCUCCCAAUGGUCCAGGUAAUAAACAAGGAGUGUGAAAAGUAGGAUUUCAUUGGAAAAUCUAAGGAAAUGUAUAUUUUACAACACUGUUACAUCCUGAAAUAUACAAGAAAAUGGAGACAACAACAAAACAUUAAGAAUAUUGUUGAUAUGAUAAUUUGCUGAAAAAUGCAAAUUAUUUUAUUAUUUGAGGUCCUGAUCCGCAGACAUGCUCCACUACCCACCUAGAAGACAUUUUUGAGAUAGUGGUAACCCAUCCUCAUCUGGAUUAGGCACUCCUUUGCACUGAGGAGGAAAAUAAACAACUCACAGUACCAGGAGGUGGGAUCAUUGACCAAGGAAGAGCUGUGAAUCUUCAGUCCUGUUAAUUGGUCAAAUACUGUUUGAACCCUCAUAAUACUGGUCUGCAGCUUCUCUUUUCAGCCUGGAAUGUCUCUUUGGCCUCAUUCCCUACAAAGGAACAACAUAAUUUCCUUUGGAUGGGCUGCUUCUUGGGCAGUAAAUAAACUAUUUUUUUUCCAGUCCAUGUGAAGAGCAAGUUGUGAUUUAUCAGUUCAUGUUCUGAUUUAAAGUUAAACUCAGGUGUAGUAAAUAGGGUACUGGGGCUACUGGAGCUUUUUCCAAGCUCUUUGGACAAACUACACCCAGUUGCCUUCAUGUACUUGUUGAAUUUUCUGUUCUAUUUUAGAUAUAGUAGUAAUUAAACUUAAGGAAUAAAAGUUGGAUCUUGUGCUCACCUGGAGUGUUUUAAUGAGGUGAUGUUCAUCUCAACUGAGACACAGUAUCCACUUGAUUUCUGGUGAUGAGCAUUCUUUUAAUGCCGCGUCAGUUUGAAGAUUUGUCUUUUUUUCUUAGACUGGCAGAGAACAUGGCUGCUCUAUUUGUUAUGCACUAGGAAUAGUCUUUCAUACUGGAAUUAGUGGCCUUUGACAUGAAUUAGAUAUGUGCUUAUUUGUAUGGGACUACAUUCUAACUUUUCACUCAAAUUGUCUGUCUCUGAUGUGUUGUCUUGUUCCAUAUUGAUUUGUCCUGCUAGUUUAUGUGUGCACAGAAUGAAUCAGAUUUCAGAUACUGAGGUA